AUGUCAAUCUUUAAACAGCUAGUUUGCUAUGAGAUCACUCCAUCAAAAAUUGAAACUUCAUUUACUAAAAUUUUUAUGCGGUAUCAACAGGCAAAGACUUGGGGACAGCUAAUGGUUGGUAUGACUGGUAGCGGACCAGGAUAUCUGCCAGAAAAUAUCAUCACCCCAUACAUGCAUGUACUCAUUUUUCAUGUCCCAACAAUGAUCACAAUGCAUGGAUCAUUAAAGAAGUUUAGCGGUCAAGGUAAUGUUGCUAAAUUCCAUCUCUAUCUGUUGUGACAAAAAUGUUUAUUUAUUUAACAACUACUUGUGUUUCUCACCAGGAGUCGAAAAGAAGAAUGAUGACUAUAUGAGAUAUUUUCACCGGAAGAUAAACAGGUGGGAUGCCUGUACCAAUCUUCUACUGGUGGAGAAACGACUAGAAAGCCUCCUUGCACAUCAAAGAAAGCUUCGGCAGUAUUUAAAGAGAGAUGCAACCUUUUGGGACAAUGGUGGCAAAGAAGAGGUGGCAAAAAAAUACCCCAAAAUAUCAGAGGGAACAGCCACAGAAGAGCCAAGCAGUAAUGUCCAUGUUCCCCCACCAAAACAAGUUCUUCAGUUUGGUGAAAAGGAAUUACAAAAACUUAAGGUUGCAGAACUUGUUAAACUCCUUGUGGAUAUAGUUGGCCACCAACCAAGCCUUCCAAAAAAGCCAAGAAAACAUGAAUUGUUGUCAAGAAUUCUGGAUGUAGCCACACUGAGAGUAGAUUAA